AGAUAAGAAAAAUGAAUAAUAUUUAUUGAGUUAGUGAUUUAAAUUUUAAAAUCUGUUGCUUUAUUUCUCAAGUCUCACGAACAAUAUUCAAACGUCACAUAUUAAACGUCGUAUAAUGUUAAUUGACAUUUGAGUAAAUAUCAAUGCCGGUAGAUUGAGUUUUGUUUACACAAUAUUAUUUUCACAUUAUUUAUAACAUUAAAUAACUUACCAAUUGUUUUUGUUGUAAUUGUUUUUGUAGGUGGACAUCAAAAAAAAUGUUCUAUUUACAUGUGCCAGACAUAAAUGUAUCCAUAACUGAUGUUGAAGAUUCUGCUUUAGUUCGAUUGGAGCAUUUUGCCACCUAUACUAAGUUGAAAGACAAACCAAAGAAUAAAGAGUAUCUAAAAAAUUUGACACCUCUAGACUACGCAGGGUUCCUGUGUCUUAGGUUUGACAUUUAUAUUUGAUUAAUUUUAUAUACAUCUAAAAUAUGUAGUAGCUUAACUAGAUUUCUUUGUAUUUAACUCAGUGUCGGCAUGGUACACCUAAGGCCCAUGCCUCAUAGAUGAAAAAUACAAAGUCUAUGAAAUUCAGUGUGAUAUUGGGUUCCGUAUCAGUGUCAUUAAUUGAUUAUAUUUUUUGAAUAACAAUGGAUUUCGUGGCAACACGGGUAGGUAAAUACCUAUCUAAUAUUAUAAAUAUGCUAAAUUCACAAAAGCAAUUUUCGGUGACAUUUCAGUUUCCAAUAUUUUGUGUAUACAUUUACUUGUUUAUACAAUUAUGAUUAUAUUUUUAUUAUUUUACUGUAUUAUGCAAUAGUCAACUAAAGUCUAAACAUUACUAUGUAGGUACCCAUCUUUUAUACUAAAGACAGUCAGUAGUUAAAGAACGAUAUUUUAUGAAUCUCGGCGCUGCGAUCGCGGCCUAGUAGCUAUGGCCUGGCCGACACUGAUUCGACUAUAUAUAUAGCGUUUAAACAUAUUUUUUUAUUAAUCGUUUUCAUUUUUUAAAUCAUAUUCAUACAUAAGUACAUGAGUAAAACUGUAUGUAAAUGAAACCUGAUUCAUUUGUUGACAUUUGUAUAAUUGCUCACUGUUUUAACUUUUUUUUUUUGUGUUUUUACUUAUAAAUUAAAAAACCAGAAUUAAAUAAUGAAAUUCAGAAAUUCAUCAUUAGUAAUAAAAACAGUAAUUUAUAUGCAGGUUAGAUAGUAUAAUAUAAUAUCAAUCUGAUAAUAAUAAAUUCUAUAUGAUUUUAAUUAAAAUUUUCAAAUGGGUUACAUGACAUCAUAUCUAAUCAAUAUGUUGUAUUUCUUAUGAUUCAAGUGUAUAUAUCUAUGUAUUUUGUAAAAAUAUGAAAUUACUUUGAAAUUAAUUUUUAUAUUUCAAUAUCACAACCAUUCUUAACUGUCUUGAUUUCCUCACAACUUAAGCGCUCUGAAGGAUGAAAUGGUAAAAUGACUGAUGUUUAGUUUAUUUUUACAAUUAGCAUUAAAUAACAUAAACUAAGACAAGAUUGUAUUAAUAAACAUUAUAUUGUUUUCUAAUAUAAUGUUGAAUUUAUUAAAUUUUAGUUCAAUAUUUUUUUUUUUUUUUGAAUCUCAUUAAAAUUAGAACAAAUUGUUAAGUUUAUUAAUUCCAUUGUUGGAAAUUAUGUAACAUAUAACAUUUUAAUACAAUUAAAUUAAUUAUGUGUUCAUUAUUAUUUCAGAACUCAUGCAAGUUUAACUGACGAUUGUACAUUAAAAGAAACUAUCAUAGAAGGAGAAUGUUCUUUAAUUACCGAGCGACUGUUGAAGCCAAAUUUCUUUAAAAAAUACUUAAAUAAAAUUAUUGAAGAUAUUCAAUGUUUUAGUCUUACUGAUGAUAAUAUUGAUGUUUUACUAAAAGUGUGUUUAGAAUACAAGAAGAAGACACAUGCAACUUGUUUUGAAAAUUGUAAUGAACAGUAUAUUGAAGGUUUGUUUAUAGUAUUACUAAAUGUGUAUCAGUUAUUUAUUACUUUAGUAAUUUAAACUGUUUUAUUUCUAGUUCCUUGGCAAAAAUGUCCUACAUUAGUGUCAAGUCGAAAAAUAAACCUUAUUGAAGGCAUUGCAAUUGUGCCAUGCAGUCAAUGGAAUAUUCUGUUAGUUGAUCUGUUUCGUUUAAUUUAUAUUAAAUCGUUGUAUCGUAUACACCGUUCUAUAUCUACUUUAGCAGAAAAAAGUUUGCAAAUUGAAUAUCUGCAAGAUAAAAUAAAUUGGUUCUACAAUUCUAAAAUAGCAUUUUGGAAAAAUAUUAACAAACAAAUAUCUUUGGAUGAACUUUUUUUAAAAAAACAAUUAUUGCCUCCUUGUAUGUUAAUAUCGUUAAAUUCAUUAACUGCAAACCAUCGUCUUACACAUCAUCCACGUUAUCUAUUAACAUUGUUUUUAAAAGACAUUGGUGUACCUAUAGAUCAGACUUUAAUGUUAUUUGAACGGGAAUAUUCCAAAUGUGGAAAUUUAAAAAGUGCAUGCACACAUAAUUGGAAAGGACAUCAUAGACAAAUUGAAUAUAAUGUGCAACACACAUAUGGCUUGGUAGGAUCAAAAAAAAAAUACCAAAUGAAAUCGUGCGCAGAAAUGCAAGUAUGUUAAAUUAAUUUUUGUAAUUUUAGACUAACAUUAAUUUUUGUAUUUGUUUUAGAAAUUAACUAUGGAAGUAUCAGAUGAAGGAUGUUGUCCGUUUGUACACUGUACCGAAGAGAAACUUAAGAGUAUUUUAGAAGAAUAUACACCAAUUACUGAUGUGGAGUGGAAUAUUUUAAACAAUUUAAAAAAUAGCGAACAACCUAUCCGAGCAUGCCAUUGGUACUCACGAAAAUUGUUUCAAACGUCUAAAAUUUUGUGUCAUAGUACACCGACACAUUAUUUUUUCAAUUCCAAUAAAUCGUCAAAUAACAAUAUUGUUCCUUAAAUAUAACUGGUAAUAUAUAAAAACAAAAACAGUAAUAUAUUAUACUAUAUAUACUGCAAACAAACUAUUUGUACCAUAAUAGUUAAUAUUUGUUAAUAUAAAAUUAAAAAUAUAUUUACAUAAAAUAUUUUACAAUUAAAAAUAAUUAUUUACAAAAUGAACUGUACAUAGUAUUAUUAUGAACACAUUUAAGUGUACUCAUGCAUGACUGAAUUUGGUGGAGUCCAUCGAUAAACAUACUCACUCCUUGUAUGAUUACCGUGAUGGUUUUGUGAUUUGUUUUGAGAAUUGUUAUAAAUUCCAUAAAGAUCAUCCGAUGGAUCUUUUGGCGAUUGUCUAUAUGUUUCUGAUCUAGUAGUUUUUGAAUACACUCCUGUAAAUAUUGAUAAGUCAGUAGUAAAAACACUAGUAUAUUAUAUACGAGUUUCAUUAUAAUGUAUUAUAAAUCACAAUUACCAUUAUGAUGGCCACUGGCGUUGACUGCUGGUGUAUUCCUAGUACCAUAUGGCGGUUCAUACUGUCUUUGUUGGUUUUGUUGGUUUUGCCUAUCGGGCCUAUCUGCUCUAUCAGCAUUACAUACUGUUGUACCGGCUGUAGUGGUCAUUGGAUAUAAUGAUUGUGCUGGUAAUAAGGGUCCUGGCCUUGGCAAGUAAUCACGAGGGGGUAAGUUGUGUGUGGAUUUAGAAUGAUACAAUGACUGUGAUCGACUUAAAUUUGCUCUGGUCAAAACUGGUGAACGAGUAUACAAUGAUCUACUCCCUUCAUACAAAGGUUCUGGUAAAUCUAAAUCAGCCGUUAAUGUUGGAGGAGAAAGAGCUGGUCGAAUGAUUUUAUGUGGUACUUGUAUCUGGCAUAGAUUCUCAUCAUCUGUUAAAACAAAUAUCAUUAUUAAUUUGGCUUUUAUCCAACAGAAUAAUAAUGUGUUAUUAUUAUUAUAUGUGUGUUAUCUUACCUUGUAAAUCAUCUAAUGAGGCUUUUCGUUUUUGAGCAUUAAAUAUUAAAUCAUAUACAACCCCGGCAAUUAUUCCUCCUGCUCCUGGUCCAAACCAAUAAACCUGCAUUUU